AUGACACAGAUCUACUCCGGCGUGCUGGCCACAAUCAUCUGUUACGCAUCGUUGUGGCGUACCGAUCAGAUGAAGUGUAUCUACAUCGAAGGGAUUCAGGGCAGCAAUGUGAAGAUAAACGAUCGUUACUAUCAAUUCCGCAACAUGCAGAUACCGAUAAAGUAUUCCAUCCUGGUUCCUUUUUCGAUUGGAAUGCUGAUUAUCCUAUCGGUCUGUGAAGCAUAUGCCCAGUAUAACCAUGGUUAUUACUUCACGAUCAUUACUAUAGUGUAUCCCCUGUGGAUGUUUCAUAUAACGAUUUUGGAAUUCACAACGUUGGUUAAAUCCACGGAGUGCAUUCUAACCAAACUGAACUGGAUGUUAGAUACGUUUCUGGAGAGCUUGCAAAGACAGUCCACACCAAGUGUGACGCUCAAGGGAGAAAAGAAUCCCACCAAUAAGGUGUAUCCUCUCAAUCGUCGACCGUUCGUGCAGGAGCACGAGUUGAUCAGCGGUGAACGGCUGACGUACAUGUUCGUGAUACACGAGAACGUGGCCAAGCUGGCCGAAUUUAUCAACGGUGCAUACUCGACUCAGAUCAUUGCGAUCGUGACGGUUACAUUCGUCAACACACUGUUUGGAUUUUUCAUUGUAACUAAGCUCCUAUUUUGGAACUAUCAAAUGCUCGACCUGAUACUACGGGCCUGUCGAUAUGCGUUCGAGUGCAUUCCUGCUUGCUUGCUCGUUUAUUACAUGCUAAUUGUGUGUGCAUCAACCCACAGUGAGGUAAACUACGGGCAAAGCAUACCAUUUCUUCCACUAUUUAAAUCCGCCUCUUUGCUGCACAAGCUUCUGCAGUACAAAUCCAACUACUUCAUUGACGAUCAAGCACUGUUCGAACGAUCGAAAGCCAUCGCCCUGCAGCUGUUGCAUAGGAAGCGGUUUUCGCUGUUCGACGGAAGCGGCUUGUUCAGAUUGGACUUUACGUUCAUUUUUUCGGUUUUCAGUGCUGCAACCUCGUACCUAAUUGUGCUGCUUCAAUUUGAUCUAUCUAAAGAUCUAGAAAAGUCCACAAUCACAGCUUAAGGCAAUGAACAUUUAUGCACCAAAUUCUAUUCUCAAGCAUGUUCAUCGCUCUUUUUGGUGUUAUUGGCAUUAAAAAUGAUGUACUACGAGAUUCAAACGAAUAUCAGACAAACAACUUAA